GCAUAAGUAGCGCCAUCUCUAUAAAAUAAAUUAUAUUAAGUGUCAGCUUGAGAUUCUCUAUGUUUUUUAUCUUCUCGUUACGCUUCAUGUUAACGGAUCAGCUCAACAAAAAUCUUUAAAAAGUGAAGAAAGAAGCUUUUUGCAAGUACUAAAACGUUUAUAAAAGUUAAAUAUUCCCAGCAUGAGUAGUCAGAAAAAGAACAAACGAACUGCAAAAGACACACACAAAUCUUAUAGUGUGUCUGAGAUUAAAAAANCAGUAGAAGCAGUAAACAAUGGAAAAUCUGUGCGUUCUGCAAGCAAGGAAUUUAAAAUACCGUAUGCCACACUUCAUUCACGAAUAAAAGNAACAUAUGCUAUAGACGUCAAACGAGGGCCAGAAAGCAUUUUAAACAAAAAUGAAGAAAAAGAACUAGUUAAAUGGAUUUUUCAUGCAAGUAAAUGUGGAUUUCCUAUUAUUAAGGAACACUUAUUAGACAGUGUACAAAAUAUAAUUAAAAAAAGAAAAAGAAGCACACCUUUCACAAACGGAAGACCAGGAAAGCACUGGUAUAAAGCUUUUUUAAGAAGAAAUCCAGAAUUAAGUGAAAAAAUGUGUCAAAAUUUAACGAAAAGAAGAGCUAAUGUAACAGAGGAAGCUUUAAAAGAAUGGUUUUCAGAAGUAAAAACUUUUCUUAAUUCUAAGAAUCUUCUUGAUAUAGACUCAAAUAGAAUUUUUAAUUUAGACGAAUCUGCAUUUUUUUUGAGUCCUAAAAGUAGCAAAGUUUUAGUACGUAAAGGUGAAAAAGCAGUUUAUAAUGUUUGCGGUAAUGAUAAAGAAUGUUAUACAAGUCUUAUAGCUGGGAAUGCAGCUGGACAGUUACUUCCAAGUAUGAUUAUUUAUGAUACUAAAAGAAUUCCACCCUUGGUUGCAAAAUACUUUCCAGAUGAAUUUGUUAUUGGAAAAAGUGAGACAGGUUGGAUGACAAGUUAUACGGAAAGUUCUCAAUUAAAUUCGAUAGUUACUCCUCCUGAAUUUAUUCUAAAUAAUGACAACCAAAACGCAGAUGCACGCAAAGGUUGUGAAGAUUCUAAUUUCAAUAAUUCUGUACAAUCUGCAUUUCAAGAAUAUCUUUAUUGGCCGGAAAUCGAAAAAAUUAAGAAAAAGAAAAAUAAUAAAAAGAAGCUGCCUUCUGUUGCAACGGGUAACGAGUGGAGAGCAUGGCACACAUUAAAAAGUAAACAAAAAGAAGAAGAAGAAAAGAGAAAAGCUGAUAUAAAAUUGCAAAGACUACAAAAUGUUAAA